AUGAUUACCAAUGUAAGCGAAGAGCCGGAACGAACAAGAGGGCGCGCGAGAGAGAGGGAGCCGCGGCAGCUAUGGGGAGAGCGCGAAACGGAGCUCCUCAUAGAUUUGUGGGAGGAUCGCCUUAUGGACCUACGCCGUCAGAAGAGAAAUAGCGGCGUUUACGACGAUAUCGCCGCGGCCCUGCAGCAGGUGGGCUAUGAAAGAACUCGGCUGCAAGUUCACCACAAGAUUGAAAAUCUUGCGCAGACUUAUCGGUUUUGGCUGAAAAAUCAAAAGACUGGCGCUGGCGCCAUACCUUGGACGCAUUUCUGGAGAAUACACAGUUUUCUGGGGACACUCCCGGCCAACGACCCAUCAAGGGCUCAAGAGAGCCAGGUUACUGUUGAAGAGGUCAUCAUGGAGAUGAUAAACGGCGGCGAAAAUGCUGUUGACAAUGAGAACAGGCUGCAAUGGGAGGAUAGUGCGCCCAUCAGACCUCUGGACAGCCCAGGACCGAACUCCCCGUCCACGUGCAGCCCGGCCUCCAGCAGUCCAGCCUCUCCCAGUCCGGCAUCCUCCAGCCCGGCCUCCUCCAGCCCUGCCAUCAACAGUGCCACCCCUGCUAGUGUGGCUACUACAAGCCGGGGUCCAAAGAGGAAGGCGGGUGAUGACUUCAAGCAGCAGAUACUGGCUGAACACAAACUGCUGAGGGAGCAGCUGGUGGCGAGCCGUCAGAGAGAGUACGAGCAAAGAGAGCGACACAUGCAAAUGCAAGAAAAGUUUUUUAAUUCCAUGUCAAAAUAUUUAGAAAGAAGUUCCAAAUAAAGUUGCUGUAAUGAAGUAGGAAAUGGAAAAUGCAGCAUCCACCCAAUCGGAACAGAUUAUUACAAAGGAAACCUGUUUGGUCAAGAGUGUACGGGUUUUCAUUGUAGGAAUUUGCUGCAAUUGUAUGGAUGCCUCAUUUUCCAUUCCCAACUUCACCCAUCUUGUGGGUUUUGUACAAAAUACUUUCUUCAAUGUGUGCUAAAUCGCUCUUUUGAGUACAGAAGAAUACUUGUGCGCUUAGUAGAAAUUAACUUCUGCUAGGUGCACAAGUAUUUGAUGAUGACAGUGGACUCACUGACCUACCAAAGCAUGAACGUCCACAAAGCUUCAGCAUAAAAUUCUC